AUGCCCAAGUCAACUUUCGACCAAUUGGCGUACUCCGAGGCUCCUUUGAGACUUAGCAAGGUGACGGUGAGGGCCUUCGAUGGGACUAGGAGAUCGGUGUAUGGUGAGGUAGAUUUGCCAAUUUCGGUCGGCCCACAUGAAUUUCAGGUUACUUUCCAAGUCAUGGAAAUCCAGGCUUCUUUCAGCUGUUUGCUCGGCAGACCUUGGAUUCAUGACGCUGGGGCUGUGACAUCUACUCUCCAUCAGAAAUUGAAGUUUGUAAGUUGUGGAAAGUUGAUCACUGUGAGUGGCGAAUCGGCCUUUUUAAUCAGCAAUUUGUCUGCUUUCUCUGUUAUCGGUGGUAGUGGUUCAGACGGGCCAUCAUUCCAAGGAUUCUCUGCCGAAGAAAGUGUCGGUAAGAUUGAGACUUGUAUGGCUUCGUUGAAGGAUGCCCGGAGAGUAAUUCAGGAAGGCAAAACCGAAGGCUGGGGUCAGCUAGUGGAGUUGCCAGAAAACAAGCGUAAGGAGGGAAUUGGUUUCCUUAACAGUAAGCCUGGGAUGUUCGACCCUACCAGAGGUUCUUUCCACAGUGCUGGUUUCAUUCAUGAUUCGCCAGAGACCAAUGCAAUUUUAGAUGAUGCACCUGGAGGAGUGACACCGGUCUUUGUGACGCCUGGAGGAGCUUGCUGCAACUGGAUUGCUGUUGACAUUCCUUCUGUGACACCCCGCUCUAAACUGAACAUAAGUGAAUCCGUUGAACACAGUGACCCCAUGCUUCCUCCCAACUUUGAGGUCCCGGUUUACGAGGCUGUGGCAGAGGAGGAUGAGGAGAUCCCGAAUGAGAUCAAAUGGAUGUUGGAACAAGAAAGGAAGACAAUUCAACCUCAUAAGGAGGAGAUAGAAAUCAUCAAUCUGGGUACUGAGGAAGACAAGAAAGAAAUCAAGAUUGGGGCAUUGUUGGAUGUAUCUGUCAAGAAAAGAGUAAUUGAGCUUAUCAGAGAAUAUGUUGAUAUAUUCGCAUGGUCAUACAAAGACAUGCCGGGUCUAGACCCUGAUGUCGUUGAACACAGACUACCUUUGAAGCCUGAGUGUCCUCCGAUUGAUGCAGGUUUCCUAGUCACAUCAGAGUAUCCUCAAUGGUUGGCCAACAUAGUGCCUGUUCCAAAGAAAGAUGGCAAAGUCAGAAUGUGUGUUGAUUAUCGGGACUUGAACAAGGCUAGUCCGAAGGAUAAUUUUCCUUUGCCUCACAUUGAUGUAUUGGUUGAUAACACUGCUAAGUGUAAGGUUUUCUCCUUCAUGGACGGUUUCUCCGGCUACAAUCAGAUCAGGAUGGCUCCUGAGGAUAGAGAAAAGACGUCUUUCAUCACGCCCUGGGGUGCUUUCUGCUAUGUGGUGAUGCCAUUUGGUUUGAUAAAUGCUGGUGCCACUUACCAGAGGGGCUUUAUCGUCAGUCAAAAGGGUAUUGAAGUUGAUCCCGACAAGGUCAGAGCCAUCAGAGAAAUGCCUGUUCCAAAGACAGAGAAGCAAGUCAGAGGUUUUCUUGGUAGACUCAAUUAUAUCUCCAGAUUUAUCUCUCACAUGACCGCCACAUGUGGACCAAUUUUCAAGUUACUCCGCAAGGAUCAAGGGGUGGAGUGGAAUGAUGAUUGUCAGAAGGCUUUUGAUCAAAUCAAAGAAUAUCUGUUAGAACCUCCAAUUCUUGUUCCUCCAGUUGACGGAAGACCUUUGAUCAUGUAUUUAACAGUACUGGAAGAUUCCAUGGGCUGUGUUUUGGGUCAACAAGAUGAAACCGGAAAGAAAGAGCACGCUAUCUACUAUUUGAGUAAGAAGAUGGAUCCUAUCAAGUACAUAUUUGAGAAGCCAGCUUUAACUGGAAGGAUUGCUCGCUGGCAGAUGUUAUUGUCCGAGUAUGAUAUCGAGUAUCGCACUCAGAAAGCAAUCAAAGGUAGCAUCUUGGCAGAACAUUUGGCUCAUCAACCAAUCGAAGACUAUCAACCAAUCAAAUUCGACUUCCCAGAUGAAGAGGUUAUGUAUCUAAAAGCAAAAGAUUGUGACGAACCAGUGUUCGGUGAAGGUCCUGAUCCGGAAUCCGAAUGGGGUUUGAUAUUUGAUGGAGCUGUUAAUGUCUAUGGAAGUGGAAUUGGUGCGGUACUCAUUACCCCUAAGGGUACUCACAUCCCUUUUACUGCAAGGUUACGUUUUGAUUGCACAAACAACAUCGCAGAGUACGAAGCUUGCAUCAUGGGUAUCGAGGAAGCCAUCGAUUUGAGGAUCAAGAAAAUUGUCAUCUAUGGAGAUUCAGCUCUCGUGAUUAACCAGAUCAAAGGAGAAUGGGAAACUCGCCAUCCUGGUUUGAUUCCCUACAGAGAUUAUGCGAGACGAUUGCUGACUUUCUUCAACAAAGUAGAGUUACACCAUGUGCCCCGUGAUGAGAAUCAAAUGGCGGAUGCUUUAGCUACUCUAUCCUCAAUGAUCAAUGUGAAUGGUCACAAUACUGUGCCAGUAAUCAAUGUCCAAUUUCUCGACCGACCUGCUUAUGUGUUUGUAGCUGAAGCAAUUGAUGAUGACAAGCCAUGGUAUCAUGAUAUCCAAGUUUUCCUUCAAACUCAAAAGUACCCACCUGGGGCACCCAACAAGGACAAGAAAACAUUGAGAAAAUUGUCAAGCCGUUUCUUCCUUAACGAAGACGUUUUGUAUAAAAGGAACUUUGAUGGGGUCCUACUUAGAUGUGUGGAUAAGCAUGAAGCAGAAAAAUUGAUGUGCGAGAUUCAUGAAGGCUCUUUCGGAACUCACUCAUGUGGGCACGCCAUGGCGAAGAAGAUAUUGAGAGCUGGGUACUACUGGAUAACAAUGCACGCUGAUUGCUACAAUCAUGCCAAGAGAUGCCACAAAUGUCAAAUCUAUGCUGACAAGAUUCAUAUACCACCAUCUAUGCUCAAUGUCAUCUCUUCCCCGUGGCCCUUCUCUAUGUGGGGCAUUGACAUGAUUGGUCGGAUUGAACCAAAGGCUUCCAAUGGGCAUCGCUUCAUAUUAGUGGCUAUCGAUUAUUUCACCAAAAUCAUCACAGACAAUGGCACAAAUCUGAAUAACAACAUGAUGAAAGAGUUGUGCGAUGACUUCAAGAUUCAACAUCACAAUUCUUCUCCUUACAGACCACAGAUGAAUGGGGCAGUUGAAGCUGCAAACAAGAGCAUCAAGAAGAUCAUACAGAAGAUGGUAGUUACUUAUAAGGACUGGCAUGAAAUGUUACCCUACGCUUUGUAUGGAUACCGUACCUCAGUGCGAACCUCGACAGGGGCAACCCCUUUCUCUUUGGUAUAUGGUAUGGAGGCUGUACUACCGGUAGAGGUUGAGAUUCCUUCUUUAAGAGUCUUGAUGGAAGCUGAUUUGUCUGAAGCUGAAUGGUGCCAGAGCAGUGCUUUCUUUUUUGGUUGGAUCUUGUGCAUAUGCGCAUACUGCAAUUCAGUGCUCCAUCGCGUUACAGCCCUUGGAUCUGGAUCAUUCCUUGAUCUGAGGGCUCCUGUGUAUCUUGAUUUUUGA